AUGGGUCGUCCACUAUUUUUGACAUUCCGGCAGGACGCUCGACCUAUCCACCUUAACUCAAGAAAGAGAAACCCACGACGCUGCGUUCCGUGGAUUGCAUCACCACUUGACAACACAGACGGAGGGUAUCCACGUCUUAACCAUCAUACCGAUUCCACUCCCAUUGAAUUAUUCUUCGACCUUUUCUUCGUCGCAAAUCUGUCUACAUUCACCGCCACCCGCGAAAUAAAUAAUUUAGAAGCACUGUGGUCUUACAUUGGCUUCCUCAGCAUCAUCUGGUUUACGUGGUUUCAGGUGUCCCUGUUCGAUAUACGUUUUGCACAGGAUUCAAUAUUCGAGAGGAUUUGCAAAGCACUCCAGCUUGCGACUAUGGUUGGGUUUGCUUCCACCGGCUCCGGCUUCGCCACACAAGUUCGCGAUGAGAACGUCUGGGCAUUUCUUUCGUUGAGCAUCCUUCUGGCCUGUAGCCGCCUGCUAUUAAGUGUCGAAUAUUCAAUAGCCUCAAUAUUCUUAUAUGGCACAAUGCAAGUGGCUUCCAAAAGGUUGCUGUUUAUCGUCGCAGUUUUUAUCGGAACAGGAGUUACCUAUACGGGGCUUUACUUCGUUUUUAACAAUAACACGGGCACCAAGGGAGAGCUCGUCAAUCAGACAGUUGGCUCUUCAGGCUGGUCAAAGUGGUCCUUUGUUCAUAUACUUGGUGUAACUAUGGGAGUAUACCUUUUAUGGCAAUCAUACUUCGAUAUUUCGCCCCGUAUGAAAUAUGGAAUUACCAACCAACAGAUCUGGACGCAGCUGCAUUUCCCAUUCCAUGUUAUGGUUGUCCUUCUCUCAGAAGGAUCCCAGAUUCUAGUCCUUACUUUGGAUAUAUCCCUCAAACUCAAAUAUCUGAGCAACACGAUUCUCUCUGCAUGUGAACCGCCCCGUCCGGACCCGAAUUUUGCUAUCGACCAGCUCAACAGCACGAUCGUGGACAUGGAUAUAGACUAUACCAAAGGUGCUCUUAAAGAGCAACGCUGUAUACAAUAUAUCUUGCAGACUCUUCGAGAUAGCCCCCAACUGUGUCCGUCGAUGAAUAACCCCGGAUCCCUCACACUUCAGCGCUCCCAUGACCUGAUGGGAAAUGUGACAGCGAGUCUGUUUUCAAGCAUGGGGAUAACACUCCCCGUAGACGUGGUAGAGAGUGAAAAGUUGCUGAUGUUGUACUUGCGACUGCUUGGGUUUGUGUACAUAUACUAUUUCGUUGUCGCGUCGCUUGCCAUGUUCAUACUCGCCGCUUUUGUUUUCCUUACCCAGCGCCAUACUGGAAGGAUUUAUGCAUGGGUGGCUAUUACAACACGUGUUCUGCUGGGAAUUAUACUGCUAGCCAUGGUCACAAUCGUGGCAAAUUUUGAUCUUAUCUAUAGAUUUAUGACGAGUCCACUGAUUAUUUUCACGUUUACGUUGGCGUUAUUCGUAGCUCUGUUGAUUGACCGGCUGUUGGAUUUGAUCGCUCUGAAAAGGGGAAAGCUGGAAAUUGAAGGGGAGGUAUCUGCGACCGAGCCGUACGAGAUGUUUCAACUCAGUCCUAUGGCAACGACAAUUUCUGAUGACAGUACAGUUGGUAGUUAG